CCAACCACAAGAAAUAAAAAAGAGAGCAGAAAACUUUUAUCAACGAUCAAUGGCUACCGUUGGUCAGCAGCAUCUCUACCGGCCAAUACUCACCGCCGUCGGAAGUGAUUGCCGGAGGCUCGUAGCCACCCGUUUCCUCCCUGUUCCUAGGCGCAAUUUUAACUCCCGGCUGAGGCAGAUAUUGAGUCUUGAGGUGGGCAAGGAAGUGGCUCCGGCAUCGUCGACGGUGAACAUGGAAGAGCUCGUCGGAUUCUUGUACAAAGAUCUUCCUCACCUCUUUGACGACCAAGGAAUCGAUAAAACGGCGUACGAUGAGCGCGUCAAGUUUAGAGACCCAAUCACUAAGCACGACACCAUCUCCGGUUAUCUCUUCAACAUUUCUCUUCUCAAGAAUCUCUUCACUCCUCGAUUUCAACUUCACUGGGUUAAACAGACAGGUCCAUAUGAGAUAACUACAAGAUGGACAAUGGUGAUGAAGUUUAUGCUUUUACCAUGGAAACCAGAGCUUGUGUUUACUGGUACAUCAAUCAUGGAAGUUAAUCCAGAAACUAAGAAAUUUUGCAGCCAUCUGGACUUGUGGGAUUCUAUCAAGAACAACGACUACUUUUCUCUAGAAGGUCUUGUUGAUGUAUUUAAGCAGUUACGGAUAUAUAAAACACCAGACUUGGAAACUCCCAAGUAUGAAAUACUGAAAAGAACAGCAAACUAUGAGGUUAGAAAGUACGAACCCUUCAUAGUGGUGGAGACUAUCGGUGACAAGCUUUCUGGUUCUUCAGGUUUCAACAAUGUUGCUGGCUACAUAUUUGGAAAAAACUCGACGAUGGAGAAAAUACCAAUGACAACUCCAGUGUUUACCCAAACAACAGAUACUGAUCAACUCUCUUCUGACGUCUCUGUACAAAUUGUUAUUCCAUCAGGAAAAGAUCUCAGCAGCCUACCGAUGCCUAAUGAAGAAAAGGUGAACUUGAAGAAGUUGGAAGGCGGAUUUGCUGCAGCAGUGAAAUUCAGUGGGAAACCGACAGAGGAGGCUGUCCGCGCAAAAGAGAAUGAACUGAGGAGCAGUCUGAGUAAAGAUGGUCUUAGAGCUAAGAAAGGUUGUAUGCUUGCUCGCUACAACGAUCCAGGACGAACAUGGAACUUCAUAAUGAGGAACGAAGUUAUCAUAUGGCUUGAAGAUUUCAGUCUGGAUUAGCUCUAGCUUGGCCAAAUGUUACCAUAAGACGUAUGUAGAGGUUCCGUCUACUAUAUAUAUUAAGAUUGCGACGACAGAAAAGCUGUACACAACCCUACAGGCUACAACACUAAGCUUGCUCAUUGUUUGUGGACAAGCAUUUAUCAAUGAGAGACAUUUGAUCUCCUCUUGAUGUUAAAAGAAGGGGAUAAUGAUGAA